AUGAGGAUAUCCAUCCGGGAACAGCUGGGCUUUCUCGUCGUCUGUACUGCUCUGACUUCGUUGAUGGUCCUGGCAUUGGCGACAUGGUUCCAAAAUAAGUCGUUCAUCACCAACAUCCGCCUGUCAGGCCUCUCGUUGACCGCGUCGCUAAAGGCCGCCCAACUUGCCGCAACGCUCACCCUCUACGAAAGCCAGAUCAACGGCGUAGCGACAAGACUGCUUAUUCAAAGUGCCCUUCAACGCUACAACCUUGGCAAUGUAUCAAGCGAGAAUUGGAACCGCACCGUACAAGACAUUCAGAGCGCACUUGGUAGUAACAACCUGCCUCAAGCCAUCAUCUUCCCGGGCGUCAACGUCGGCAACGCGACCGCUCUGGAUGGGCUGGUCAACACUACCGCCCCAGGCCUGGAAUCGGUCCAGCUUCCAUACACCAACGACGAUGGCACUCCUGUUAUGCUGGGCGACCCAGGCCUGGGUUAUCCACCUUCUCUCUAUCCUAACCUCACUUACGGUCCAAACACCACGACCACAAGCGCCCGCGCGUAUUACCUCGGAAAAGAGCUCGAUCCUCGUGAGAUGCUCUUUCUUGGACCCUUGGUCGUCAACAAUUCGUACAUUCUCAUGUCUGGAACACUGGGCGUCAUCAACGCUACCAAUCCUGACAGCGUUCUCGGCUGGCUGACCAUAGUGAUUGAUGCCAGCAUGAUCUUCGAUACAAUCGAUUCCAAAGAGGGCUUGGGGAAUACAGGAGAAGCCCUGCUCAUCGGAGCCGAUACCAUGACCAACCUCUACGAUGUUCCUCCAGCACAGCAAUCGAGGUCCGAUCUCGCUGCCCAGAAAGCUCAUUUUAUCAUCCCACCGCGCAGCGACAAAGACCGCCAUGGGCAGCGAUCAAGCCCUACGAAUGCCUCCACGCCUUUCGAUGUUGGUGACUUCCCGGCUGUCCUCGCAGCGUGGCACGACCCCAGUACGCAAGCCUCCAACGCCGGCGCGUACAUUUCGACCCAUAACGAGGAAAAUGACAGGAUAUCAGCCGGCUAUGCAAUUGUCAAUACAACGUUCGCGGACUGGGUUUUGGUUAUCGAGCAGGACUAUGGCGAAGUGUACGCACCGAUCAAUCACCUCAGGAACGUGGUCUUGAUCUGUGUCUUUUCCGUUACUGGCGCGCUUCUGCUCAUCAUGUUCCCCAUGGCUCACUACUCCAUCACACCUAUCCGACAGCUCCGUGCUGCAACUGCCAAGACUGUCGAGCCCUACCAGUCAGAAGAUGGAAGCGAGUAUGCUAGCUCAACACGACGUUUCGAUGGUCCUGAUGACGAUCUCUCGUCUCCUGAGCCGGUAGACGAGAAAAAAGCCGGUUUCUUUGGCGCAUUCAAAAGAGAAGGAUCAUCGAAAGCCAAGAGCCGCCGUUCGCGCACCUUUCGGAUACCUGGCAAAGUACCUGAGCGCAAGCACUGGGUUACCGAUGAGUUGACAGACUUGACGAGUACUUUCAACGAGAUGGCGGAUGAAUUGUCCAUGCAAUAUGAGCGUCUUGAGAUGCGAGUUCGGGAAAGGACAGCGGAGUUGGAACGAAGUAAGCUUGCCGCAGAAGCUGCGAAUCAGAGCAAGACGUUGUUCAUCGCAAACAUCUCACAUGAGCUGAAGACGCCGCUCAAUGGCAUUCUAGGACUGACGACGGUCUGCAUGAACGAGGAUGACAUGUCCAAGAUACGGUCGACUCUGAGCACGAUAUACAAGUCGGGAGAUCUAUUGCUCCACCUUCUGACUGAUCUUCUCACUUUCAGCAAGAAUGAGGUUGGCCAGCAGCUGUCAAUUGAUGAAGCCGAAUUCCGGAUAUGCGACUUGAGCACACAGUUGAUGCCUACAUUCGAAAAGCAAGCUCGCGAAGGUCAGAUCGAUCUUAAAGUACACUACCUCGGCACCAGCGAUCCAUUCGGCAACACCAGUGAUGUGAUAGGAGAAAAACUCUACGGGCCCAGCGGUACCGGCAGAGUCAAGGACAUGUGUCUCUGGGGCGACAAGAAUCGAAUAUUGCAAGUUCUCAUGAACUUUGUCAGCAACUCAUUGAAGUUCACACCACCACAAGGAUCCGUCACCGUACGGAUACGCUGUACCGGUAUGAUGGAGGUCCCGCCCGAGCACAGCAGACAAGGAAGCUUCAGAAAGUCAUCUCUCACCUCGAAGAAGUCGAAGACGUCGAGCAACAAGCGUGUGAGGAUGUCAGAUACGUCGUUGCCACAAGGCGUUCAAUCAGACACAGAUAUGAGUGGUGAUGAAAGGGGAAAGCAUACACACUCCCGCUCUGCACCGCAAUCUGCUGGGAAAGAGAAGGACGAGCGACAACUUAGUAUCAAUGUCGCUGGCGGGACUACGCAUAUUGCGAAAAUAGCAGAAAGGAGAAGGUCCAUGUCCCCGCCGCCUAUCAACACCAAAGACCUCGCCUUCGAGUUCGAAGUCGAAGACACCGGUCCUGGCAUUCCGGAUGACCAACAGAAGAUGAUCUUCGAGCCAUUCGUGCAAGGCGAUCUUGGGCUGAGCAAGAAGUACGGCGGUACCGGUCUCGGCUUGAGUAUCUGUGCACAGCUCGCUGCAUUGAUGGGCGGCAGUGUUUCCCUUCGAAGCAAAGUCGGCGAAGGCAGCAAAUUCACCAUGACCAUCCCGUUGCGGUAUGUGUCGGAACGGUCGGCGUCAUCGGCUUCAUCAAUUGCUCGCUCGCACUCAAAAGCCAGCAGUCUUGUGGGUCAGACGCUCCACGACGACUCAGAUCUGAACCUACCGGGACGCACAGUGAACUCGUCGUCAUCGGGCUCGGAUCUGGACGCCAGUCCCGAGGCCCUUGCCGAUGUGCCACGAAUAGUCGGCUUUACACAACCUUACGUUGCGUCCGAAACUCCGAAGCAGGACAGCGCGAAAGCGAAGCUCAAAGAGAUGAAGAAAGCCGAGUCAGAAGCAGCGAAGAAAGGCCGUAAAGUUCGUGUACUCGUGGCCGAGGAUAAUCCCGUCAAUCAAGAAGUCGUCCUCCGGAUGUUGAAGCUGGAGGAAGUCUACGACGUGACUAUAGCGAAAGACGGCCAAGAAGCCUUCGACAAAGUGAAAGACUCGAUGAAGCACAGCACCGGUCCCGAAUCGCCCUCCCGCUACGAUCUCGUUUUCAUGGACGUGCAAAUGCCCAACGUCGACGGGAUUCAAUCCACGAAGCUUAUCCGAGAGAUGGGCUUUCGCGCACCCAUCGAGGCGGCGUUGAAGCAGGUUCUCAAGAAGUUUGCACCGAUACCUGAAGAGGAGGGGGAGGGGAGCUCGGCGGUCGUGCCUAGGGUGGCGGGACUCAAGGGUGGACAGAGUAAUGGUGGUUCGAGAAACGCCAGUCCCGUGCGGCCAAGUUUGGCGAAUGGGACUGUGCAUAGUCCGCCGAAGCCGGUGGCAAGGCAGACUGUGAAGGAGUGGGGUGGCGUCAGAGACGAUGACGAUGACGCGGAUGCGGAGGUCAGUCCGAUGACGAGUCCUUCACCGCUGACCGAGCGGCAUCGGCGAGAAGGACAACAAGCGAAGUGA